AUACUUCAUACAAGGAGGGGAAAACAUUAGUUAAAAAUCAGGGUUAGGUAGGUCUUAUUUGGUUUUUAAAACAAAUAUAAUGGCAAUAAGCGCGGUGCAUUUAGAGUCAGAUGCUUUUCUAGUUUGUAUGAAUCACGCCUUGAGUACAGAGAAAGAAGAAGUCAUGGGGCUGUGCAUCGGCGAGGUUGACACAAAUCGCAUUGUCCACAUUCACUCGGUUAUUAUUCUGCGGCGGUCAGACAAGAGGAAGGAUCGUGUGGAGAUUUCUCCUGAGCAACUUUCUGCAGCCUCCACUGAAGCUGAGAGGUUGGCUGAGAUGACUGGACGUCCUGUACGGGUGGUGGGAUGGUACCACUCUCAUCCUCACAUCACCGUGUGGCCAUCACAUGUCGAUGUGAGGACCCAGGCCAUGUACCAAAUGAUGGAUCAGGGUUUUGUUGGUCUGAUCUUUUCUUGCUUCAUAGAAGAUAAGAACACAAAGACGGGUCGAGUUCUGUACACAUGUUUUCAGUCAGUGCAAGCCCAGAAAGGCUCCGAGUACGAGAGAAUCGAGAUUCCAAUCCACGUGAUUCCUCACGAGGCCAUCGGUAAAGUGUGUCUGGAAUCCGCAGUGGAACUUCCCAGAAUUCUCUGUCAAGAGGAACAGGACACGUACAGGAGGAUUCACAGUUUAACUCAUUUGGAUCCAAUCACGAAGAUACACAAUGGAUCAGUAUUCACCAAAAACCUGUGCAGUCAGAUGUCAGCAGUAAGCGGCCCGCUGUUGCAGUGGCUGGAGGAUCGACUGGAGCAGAACAAGAAGAGCAUCAUGGAUCUGCAGAAAGAGAAAGAGAGACUGACCCAGGAGCUGGCCUCGUUAUAAACACCUCCAUCACCAUCAUCAUCAUCACCACUACAGUGCAGCUUCAGGCCUCCAUGUUCCACACUUAAUGUAUUGUGUAAAGCAGCUGGUGUACUGAACACAGCGGCCUUUCUGUCACAUGGCAAGCUUGAGAUCAGUACUCGGUGGUUAUGAGGAGAGGAAAACGGCGACUAGAUGAAGAGAGCGAGAGCGCGAUGCAGUGUCUAUAAGCGCCACUUUAUAAUGUCUAUUAUACUGUUGUUGUUGACGUUGUCAGUGUUUGUGACAUCGUUGAGACCCAUGCCACGCUCUCUGCUUUACCGAAACUUGCCUGAUGUGACAGAAAUGUAAAUAGAUUCUUUUUACUAAAUAUUUCUGUAUGUUUUGUUCCACAUUACGUCCUUUAUUUUUUUCCGUGAAUGUCCUCAUGAACAGAAUGUAAUGGCAGGACUGUUUUUUCCCCCCUUACACAUGCACAAUGCACAAAAGUGUCAAAUUAUAAAAUUAUAAUGUUAAAUAAACUGGGAAGGUUAAAAAGUC